AUGGGUCCCAAAAAACUGUCAGGUGCUCAGAAUCGAAAACGAAGGGCCCUUAUGGAUUUGGAGGACCAGAAGAGUGCUGGAGUAAUCAAAAAAUAUUUUGGAACACCAACACCUAGUGGUUUACAAACCACAGAAGAAAAAGAUGAAGAAAGCUGCAGUAGCCAAAGUGAUGUGCAUCUUAAGCUCAGUGAGCCUUCAACAUCGAAAACAUCUUUGGAAGAGGAUUCUAAUACACCUUCUGGCUCGGUGGCUUUUGAUGAAACAAUAAGCACAUGUGAAAACUCAAGCUUCACAGAUCCUGCUUUGUGGCCAAAAUUGAUUUCUAAGAAUAUUGAUGGUAUUUUAGAUGUUGGUCCUGUACAGGUACAAGAUGUUGAUUUUAAAAAAGAUGCUUAUAAUCGGCACUUUUCUUCAGCUUUCUACAAAAGAAAAUUAGACAGUGGUGAAGAACAAACACGGCGAUGGUUGGUAUACUCCUCAUCUACCAAUAAAGUAUUCUGUUUCUCUUGUAAAUUAUUUGAUAAGAAUCCUAAAACAUCGCUUGCCCUUGGAGGAUCAGAUGACUGGACACAUAUGUCAAAUAUUUUGAAAUCGCAUGAAACCUCCAGUGGUCAUUUUACAGCCCAGCAGAUGUGGACUGAAACACAACUGAGACGGAAAUCAAAACACGCGAUUGACCAAAACUAUCAAAAUCUCAUGAGCCGGGAAAGGCAACACUGGAGAUCUGUGAUGGAGAGGUUGUUAAAUAUUGUCCAGUUUUUAGCAGAGCGUAAUCUGGCCUUCAGAGGCUCUUCAGAUCGACUUUUUACAACCAAUAAUGGAAAUUUUUUAGGUCUCGUGGAACUAUUAGGAAAAUACGACAGUGUGAUGGCAGAACACUUACGCAGGGUGGUAUCAAAAGAAACUGCAGACCACUACUGCGGAAAAACAAUUCAAAAUGAAAUAAUAAAUCUUAUGGCAAAACAGGUAAUUGAGGACAUUUUACAGCGCUGCAGAAAUGCAAAAUAUUUCUCAAUUAUCCUUGAUUGCACUCCAGAUAUUAGCCAUAAGGAGCAGAUGUCUUUUACAAUUCGAUUUUUGGAAGACAUUUCUGGAAAUUUUCAAGUAAAGGAACAUUUCCUUGGUUUCAAUAAAGUAGAGGAUACAACUGGAAAAGGAUUAAGUGAUUUCCUCCUUGAAUUUCUUUCAGGAAAAAAUUUGGACAUUGAUAAUUGUCGUGGACAAGGUUAUGACAAUGGAGCCAAUAUGGCAGGAAAAAACAACGGAGUUCAGUCCAAAAUUUUAAACAUAAACCCAAGAGCAGUAUUUGUACCGUGUGGCUGUCAUUGUCUUAAUCUUGUCAUUGGAGAUGCAGUACGCUCCUGCAAGGAAUCGAUGCUACUAUUUGGGAUCAUUCAGCGCCUUUAUGUUCUAUUCUCAGGAUCCGUAAAGAGAUGGAAAAUUUUGUCUGACCACGUUUCUGGCCUCACUUUAAAGCCUUUGUGCACCACGCGGUGGGAAUGCCGUAUAAAUUGUCUAAAACCGCUAAGACAUAAUCUCGGUGAAAUACAAGAAGCACUAAUUGUUUUGUCUGAUGAAACCCACACUGAACCGAACAUUUGUCAUGAGGCUAACACACUAUCUCAGCAGAUUGUGGAGUUCAAAUUUAUUGUGUCAUUGUGUGUUUGGUAUGAGAUAUUGUACCAAGUUAAUAUUGUGAGCAAAGCUAUGCAGAAUGAAGCUGCUGAUAUCAUUUUAGUCUCAAACCUUAUCCAGAAAUGUCACAAUUUUUUAAUACAUUUCAGAGAGUCUGGAUUUGAAAGCUCCUUCCAGCUUGCAAAGGAACUAGCAGAAAAAGUGAAUGUGGAGUCUCUUUUUAAAAAGCCUUCUCGUAUCCACAGAAAAAAAGCCUUGUUUGAUUACGAAAGCCAAGAUGAACCUUUAACCGAUCCCACGAAGAAAUUUAAGAUUGAUUUUUUUUAUGUUUUGGUUGAUACUGCUGCUAAAUCUUUGGAGGAGCGUUUUACUCAAAUGGAACAACACAACAAAGUAUGGAGAUUUCUAUACAACAUGAGACAUCUUCCAGCAAGAGAAAACUUAAGAGAUUGUUGCCUGCAGUUACAGAAGGCAUUAGAGAAGAGCAGCCAAUCGGACAUUAAUGGUCUAGAUCUUUCAGAGGAGCUUUGGCAUAUUCAAAACCUACUACCUCAAGAUGCCACAGCACCCCGCCAUAUACUCAGUUUCAUAGUGAGAAAUGGCCUGACUGACACAUUUCCAAACAUUUGGAUAGCGUUUCGGAUUCUAUUAACAAUUCCUGUUUCUGUGGCAUCAGGAGAACGCAGCUUUUCCAAGUUAAAACUCAUUAAAACAUAUCUGAGAUCAUCAUUGACUGAUGACAGACUAACCUCUUUAUCAGUAUUAUCAAUUGAAAGCGAUGUUUUGAAGACGUUGGACAUGAACAGCGUGAUUGAUGAGUUUGCAAAGGCAAAAGCACGUAAAGUUGUAUUUUGA